AAUCAACACAGAUUGACCGUCCAGUGGGGGUCAUCUUUCAUUUUCUCUUUCAGUCUCUCUCAGAUUUUCCAGUGUUUACACCCCGUUGCAUGGUAAACCACCAACCGGAUCGAUCGAUUUACCCCUGAGCCGAGCCGGAUAUCUUAAUCACCAACAAUACGACCGUUGUCGACAACAGUCUAGCCCUCUUUCAUUCAACAACAAGCUUUUGUUAUAGUAGCACCAACACCACAAGACAUCGCCAUGGCGACAACGCAAGCAGCGCCCACGGCGGCUGGGGCGCCACAACCGCCCAAGGAAAAGAUCCCCGAAGGAGGAGAGACACAACAGGACUACAAGCUCGUCACAUUUGCGGAAGGAGACCCUGGAAACCCAAAAAACUGGUCGAAAGGGUACAAGUGGUACUGUACCAUGGUGGUCGCCAUCACCUGUUUCGUCGUCGCCUUUUGUUCCUCCGUCAUCACUGCCGAUGUCGACAGUGUAGCUCACGAGUUCGGCAUCAGCCACGAGGCUGCUCUCCUCCCUAUUACCGUCUUCGUCGUUGGUUUCGGUGUUGGUCCGAUGGUUUUCGCUCCGCUUUCCGAAGUCUAUGGAAGACAGAUCAUCUAUGGCACAACGCUUCUCCUCGCCGUCGUCUUUAUCAUUCCUUGCGCCGUUUCCAAGAAUAUCGGCACACUCAUUGUCUGUCGCUUAAUCGACGGUAUUGCCUUUUCCGCGCCCAUGACCCUGGUCGGUGGUACUCUUGCCGAUUUGUGGAGGAAUGAGGAGCGUGGUGUGCCCAUGGCUGCCUUCUCUGCUGCUCCUUUCAUUGGUCCUGCUAUUGGUCCUCUCGUCGGUGGUUGGCUCUGUCUCGCUGGCUGGCGCUGGCUCUACUGGAUCCAGCUCAUCCUGGCCUUCGUCGUCUGGGUCCUCAUUUCCUUUACCGUCAAGGAAACCUACGCCCCCACUAUCCUCGGACGCCGGGCCGCGAAACUCCGCAAACAGACAGGUGACAACUCGUACGUGUCCGAGGGCGAUCUGGACCAGCGUCCCUUCUCGGAGCGCAUGAGCGUCUUCCUGAUUCGGCCCUUCCAGCUCUUGUUCCGCGAGCUCAUCGUGCUACUCAUCUCGCUCUACAUGUCCGUCCUCUACGGCCUGCUGUACAUGUUCUUCGUCGCCUACCCCGUCGUCUUUGAGGGAGGCAAGGGCUACUCGCACGGCCAGACGGGCCUUAUGUUUAUCCCGCUCGCCGUCGGCGUCAUCUGCUCUGCGCUUUGCGCCCCCUUGGUUAACAAGCACUACCUCAAGCAAGUCCAGAAAUACAACGGCAAGCCCCCCGCCGAGAUUCGUCUGAUCCCCAUGAUGGUCUCGUGCUGGUUCAUCCCCAUCGGCCUCUUCAUCUUCGCCUGGACCUCGUACCCGCGCCUGAUCUGGGUCGGCCCCUGCCUCGCCGGCUUCCCCAUUGGGUUUGGUUUCAUCUUCCUCUACAACUCGGCCAACAACUACCUCGUCGACUCGUACCAGCACCAGGCUGCCUCGGCGCUUGCCGCCAAGACCUUUAUUCGUUCCUUCUGGGGUGCCGGCACCGUCUUGUUCACGGAGCAAAUGUACCACCGCAUGGGCGACCAGUGGGCCUCGACCUUCUUGGCCUUUUUGGGUUUGCUGUGCUGUCUAAUCCCCUUUGGUUUCUGGAAGUUUGGUGCUCGCAUCCGCCAGAGAUCCAAGUACGCUUUUGGCGGCGAUGACGUGGAUGGCUCGCAAACUUCGGAUAUUGAGAACCAGAAAGACGUUGUCGAUCCGAAUGCGCCGCUUGUUCGUGAUUCGUUGGCGUUGGAGAGGGCGAGGUCUUAUGUUAGCAACCCUUAAGCGGUCUGUCUACCUACCUAAGCAACGGUUCAAUCGUUUUUUACACAAAUGGAUCGGUCUUUAUGAGGGAUUGAUCCGAAUCACUCGCUUCGCUACAUGAAGUAGCAAUUGCGCAAUACCAACGCAGAGUGAAGGAGACAAGAAAGAAAAAAGGAGGACCAAUCCAUCUUCUCCUUCACGGUCAAGUCGCCAAAAAAGAUCCUCUCCAUUUCAAAAAUCAGGGGUUGUUUUACCACACACAAUCAUAGAGGUACAUAGAGGUACACAUACACAACCAUCACCAUCAACAUCCACGGCGUCAUCCGCGAUCAGAUAUCCCCCUUGUUUUUCGGCGUUUACUGCGAGGAGUCAAAACUUUGUUGGGUGUUGAAGCAGAAGAAGAAGCAUGCAUGAUUUUAUGGGUUUAUGUUUUUUUGUUUACUUGGUAAUGUGUUUCAGUUGUUUACGGGAUACUUGAUGUUGGACGAGCCAUGGGACUGAAGUUGAUGUAGAUUUCUUUGUUUUUUUCUUCGUUUUGUUUUAAGAGAUUCCCCCAAUAUUUUAUACCCUACACUGGUAGUCAAUAAUAGAAGAGAGCAUACAUCUACA